CUAGGCUAUCUCUUGUGCUCGGUGAGAUCUAUCCAUAGUUAUUCGCUCAUUAUCUGCUCUGUAUUCUGCAUGGAUCUUUUUCUUGGAUUUCUCUGUCAUACUAUAUCAUUGCAGUCAAUGACAUCUAAUGCCACAUCGUCGUAUUGCCCACCGCAGACCUUGCCCACUCAAGAGAGGGAAACUCCUUCAAGCUCCAUGGUCCUUUGUUCUCGUGUCUCGCCCACCGCCUGCUCCGGUCCGGCCGUCUCCGCCAGCGCCUCCUGUGAAUAGUUCCGCUCGUAUGCGGGGAAAUCUCGGCGGCCUGUUUUACAAAAAAUCGUGCACUUGUCCUGUCUUCGCCUUGGCGGACGCGGGGGCGCCUGAGGCAGGCCUGGGUUCAGGCAGAAAUAUUCGACAAUCGCAUCGGCGAUCGCAGUGAUGGCGUGCCAUGGGCAGGUCCAGGUUUUCCCCAGGGGGCGCGGGGAUGGUGUGCGGGGCAGGAUCAACCGUUACUGCCUCCGCGAUUCGC